GCUGCGCUCUGCCCCGGCCAGGCGUGAAAGGUCCUGUGCAGGAAUGCCACCCCCAGUGGGGGGGACAUGGGCCCCUGGGCGGGAACUGCUCCAGGAAGGGGGGCUCCGGCAGAGUCAAGCAGGCGCCAGGCUGGGCAGCGCAGGAGGAAGGCACUGGGGCCAAGGACUGGCAGGGUCGGCCAAGUGUCUGCCCUCUCCCCACCUCCUCGGCCUCGUGCCUGGGGGUAGAUUGUGUCACCACCCUUCCCUCCUUGGCCACGGGCAGGAGCUGGGGCUGCCCCGGCAGUGCCGCAUAUGGGGCAGGUGCCCGGGUGAACCAAAGACUGCGGUUUUGGGGCCGUGGGUCCCCCUGCCGCCCCCAUUCCCGGGCGGCAGCACCCGUCCGGGGACAUUGUGCUUUCCCGUCCACUCCCCCCGCUGCUGGGCUGCCUGCCCUCCACGCAGGAGACGAGGGAUUUCACAACCCAGCCCAGACAGGAUUAAAGAGAAAUACACAAGUAAACAAAUCGCGGCCUCGUAACGCUGGACGUGCUGUUCAGGGAGUGGAUCCUCCAGGCCGUCAAACUGCCCCUGUCAGAGGAAAGGAGUUGCUUCCUGUUAUUUCCAUUGAAAUCCUUGUCCCGGUCGUUAGCCGGCAGGCUUUGGCAGGAUGGCACCGUGCGCGCACAUGAGCUCCGGCCGUCUCUCCCGAGGGCUCCUGCUGCUCUGCGUGCUCCUGGGGACUGGUCUUUGUCACACAGACGCCGUGACAACAAGCUUCAGCCAGGACACUGGGACAAGCCCACCCACGGCCACAUCCAACUGGACAACCCAGUCCAUGGAGGGGAAUUACACCGCCAUCACACAGCACUGCUGGGAUUACUUCGUCUACCUGAUGAGGAAUGUGAUGACAUCGGAGCUGUGCGAGUGGAAAGUCAUCAGCAGGCCCUACAGCGAGCUGCAGCGCUGCCUGGAGGAGUGGGCAGAGCGCCUCAACCACAGCUACCCCAACGCCCUGGCGGAGCAGUACAUCUUCCAGAGCCACCACCGCUACUUCCACAACUGCACCCUGGAGCACCCGGUGUACUUCGACCCGCCCGAAGAUGUGCUCCUGGCCAUGAUCAUCGCACCCAUCUGCCUCAUCCCCUUCCUCGUCACCCUGGUCAUCUGGCGCAGCAAGGACGGCAAGGCGCAGGCUUAGAGCCGCCCUCCCUGCCCGCGUCGGGGCACCGAGCCCCGGCUGCGGGGCCGCCCGACCGCCCGGUGGGCUCUCGGGGCCCCCACCCCGCGCAGCGGAGGCGGCCGGUUCCUCCCGCGCCUUCCCCACCCCGCGGCCCGGGAUUAAACGCUUCUCCCCCCA